GCUACAGCCUCUGCCACGCAACCGCUUGGCGAACCGACAGUGCUUGGAAUACCCAGUUUGCACGUGGUGUGUUCCGGUACAGUAAUCGUUUGUGUCGGCUGCGUCUUUCGAUGGCAGCGCAGCCUCGAGAGCUGUGAUAGCCUGAAGAGGCAUCGCGCUGCGGAAUCCUGCAUCCAGAGAAGACCCAGCAGGUCGACGACGUGAUCACUUGUGUCGCGGAGUCCGUCAAGAUUAGACAGGGCGCCAUUUAUACGGACGUUUGAAAUCCCGAUUACCGCCGGAUACGCCGUUAGUUGACAUUUUUCACAUUCAUGGCCGAGCGACGACCGAUGUUCAGCAGCAUCUCGGAGGAAGAGGCCUCGAUGCUCCGCGACAUCAUCAGCAGCCCGAGGUCGUCGUCCACGGACGGCUCGAUGCGUCCUAGCACCAAGAUGCCGGCCAAGGUCAAGCCGACGCGGAAGCGCAAGCGGCGCAAGUCGGCCGCGCAGCUCAACGAGACGCCGGUACAGCGCGAGCAGCGGCUCCUCAAGGACCGCCUGCGCAAGCAGCACAGCAAGGAGCGUUUUCAGACCGAGAUUGAUGACCUCCAGCAAACCGUCGGCGUGCUCGAGCAGCAGCUCGUGCUGGCGCAUCAUCGGAAGCGCGCAAUCGUGCACGAUGCGGCGUGGAAGGUACGGGCACUCGACGAGAAGCAGCGCUUUGCCCACGCGAUGCAGACGCGCAACACGCUCUUCAACGAAGUCGUCCACCUCAUCGAGAAGGCCGUUCUGUACAAAAACAUGACGUGGCGACAGGCCGAGGGCGAGAUGAUCAUUGACCCGAAGCGAGAUCCGUGGCAGAUGCACACGCUCGCCUCGAACCCGGUCCAGCGCGCCCAGCAUAUUCGCGCGAUCGCACAGUACCAGUCGCAGAAGCUGACGCCGACCUUAUUCAGCAAGUUUCCGCGGUCCGCUACCGAAGACAUGAUCAACCUCGUGCUCGACGAGCGAGGCCAAGACAUUGCGUACAUGGAGGUCCGCAAGUACGCCGUCUUCCAGGCUGACUAUCGCGCACUCGCCAACUCCAUAUUUAACGGCCUCGCGUCCACGUCUGGCGAGAAUCGUUCGGUCGAGUUUUUUGGCGACGACCUCGUCAUCUCGUCGUUUCCGUGGGGCGGCGUCGUGCGGCGGCUGUGUCUCCAGCGCGUUGUCGACGGCGACCGCGUCUUCCUCAUGCAUCGGAGCAUCCUCUACGACGAGACGCUGCAACACAACGUGCCCGAGCACGUGGCCUCGUGGUGGGUCUUUGAGCGCAUGCCCGACACGCCGUCUGGGCUGCCCAUGUGCACGCUGCGCAACUACGACCAGUGCUCCGUCGCGACGACGCCGGCCAAUUCGAGCAAAGACUACGGGCUCUUCAUGCGACGGACGGUCGAGAACGAGGAAUGGACGAACCGGUACCUUGCCGCCCGCUUCCACUGCUUAAUGAUCAAAUAGUACCAGCAUACAAUGUACUUCCUUGUGGUAGGUUCCUGGCCUGGGCGCUGUACCGCAUCUCGUCCAUGGAGUGGCCGUCCGCACCACGCCCGUGUGUUGUCGACUGAGACGCUAAGAAGAAGACUAAGAAAUCAUUAUUCUGGUCGCCUGGUCUCGUACGAAGGUCUAAGAUGACAAAGAAACAGCAUUCUCGU